AUGGCUUCCGACGAUGCAAGCGCGCACAACAACCAGGACUUCACCUUUGACGCCAUCUUUGGUGUCAAGGGCAAGGUCGCGUUGAUCACGGGUGGCGGUUCUGGUAUUGGCCUCAUGUUUACCCAAGCCCUUGCCGUCAAUGGUGCCAAAGUCUACAUCGUAGGCCGUACGGAGGAGAAGUUAGAGACCGUGGCAAAGACCUACAGCCAAGGCAUCUCUGGCGAAAUCAUCCCAUUGGUAGCAGAUGUGACGGACAAGGCUCAAAUCUCCAAGCUGUAUGAGCAGAUUUCUAGCAAGGAACAACAUCUCGACAUCUUGAUCAACAACGCUGGAAUUAUGAGCGGCAACACUGUCCAGACCGAAGGCAAAGACGCCAAUGAACUCAAGAAGAAUAUGUUCGACUCCGAGAAGAACAGCUUUAGCGAUUGGGACGACAUCUACCGCACGAAUGUGUCAGCAUGCUACUUCAUGUCGACCGCUUUCUUGCCGCUCUUGGAGAAGGCCACGGAGCAUGGCCAUGGCUGGAGCGGAACGAUUGUCAAUACUUGCUCCAUCUCCGGCCAGGUCAAGACGAUGCAACAUCACCCACAAUAUAAUGCUAGCAAGGCGGCCACUAUCCACUUGACUCGUAUGCUUGCGAACGAGCUAGCACAAAACGGCAUCAAGAUUCGAGUGAAUUCCAUCGCUCCAGGUGUCUUCCCAUCUGAGAUGACCGCUGGUGGCGAAAGCGGUGCCAAUCAGAAGAGCAGCUUGCCUAAGGACCAGUUCGAGAACAAGGUCCCCGCUGCAAGACCUGGCACCGACAAGGACAUGGCAUCCGCCAUUCUGUUCGUCGUUACCAACACUUACCUGAAUGGCCAGACCAUUACGGUUGAUGGAGGCUACACAUUGAUGUCUGGCAAGUAA